UACUUACUUGUAUCUAUGAAACAGCAGCACUCUGAGACAAACUGCUCUUCUGUAGCAUUUGUAGCUGUGAGGUUUCUGCCCAGGAUCUCUCUAAGAGAGUUUAUUUUCCUGCCGUUUAGUGUAAAAAGGUUGAUGUUCCAGGAUUUCCAGCGAGUCACGGAGGACUGAUUGUACAUUUUUGCUGUAUUAAAAUGCCAGGGGAAGCUGGAUCCUUCGCUGUGGCCGACUAUUUGGUGUUUGGUGGGAUGCUGGUUCUGUCUGCUGCCAUCGGUGCUUAUAAUGGAUGGACCAGCAGGAACCAAAGUGGUUCCGGACAUUUCCUAACCGGGAGCAGGAAACUCACAGCUCUGCCUGUUUCUACGUCCCUCAUCACCACCUUCAUGACAUCCGUCACGCUGCUCACCAACCCAGUGGAGGUGUACAAUUACGGAGGCAUCUUUGGACUCCUGUGUUUCUCCUACACUGUGGCCAUAUUUAUAUCAUCUGAGAUCUUUAUGCCGUUCUUCUAUAGGCUGGGCUUCACAAGCAUCUAUGAGUAUCUGGAGCUGCGUUUCAACAGAACAAUCCGCCUGCUGGGAAUUCUGCUCUUCAUGGUUAACAUAAUAGUCCUCAAUGGAUUGAUCAUUUAUGCUCCAGCUCUUGCGUUAAACCAAGGUGCUGGUGUGGAUCUGUGGGGUGGAAUUAUUUCUACAGCCGUUGUUUGUACUAUUUACUGCACAUUGGGUGGGAUGAAGGCGGUGGUGUGGACUUGUGUGCUCCAGAUUGGAGUGAUGCUUGCAGGCAACCUGUCUGUUAUAAUCAAGGCUGUGAUGUUACAAGGAGGAAUCAGCACUGUCUUGUCAGAUGCCCAGGAAGGAGGAAGAAUGAACUUUUGGGACUUUGAUCCAAACCCUCUGAGGAGACACACUUUUUGGACCCUCGUUAUUGGAGGGGUGUUUGGCUGGAUCGGCGUCUACGGGACCAACCAGGCUCAGGUUCAGACAUACAUCUCCUGCAAGAGCGUCACUCAUGCCAGAGUUGCCAUGUACAUCAAUCUAUUGGGCCUGAUGUGCAUCAUGCUGUGCUCAGUGUUUGCCGGAUUUUGCCUUUAUUCAGUCUAUAAGAACUGUGAUCCAUUCACUGCGGGACUGGUUUCUGCUUCUGACCAGAUGAUGCCCUAUUUGGUGAUGGACAUAAUGAAAGGCUACCCAGGCCUUCCUGGACUGUAUUUUGCAGGAGUGUAUAGCGGCACUUUAAGCACAGUUUCAUGCACCAUCAAUUGUCUGACUGCAGUGACUCUGGUGGAUCUGAUCAAACCGUACACAACUCUGUCUGCGAAACAUCUGUCCAUCCUGUCCAAAGGACUGAGUUUGUUUUAUGGAGUUUUAUUCAUUGGCAUGGCUGGACUGGCAUCUCUAAUGGGAGGGAUGAUGGAGGCAGUUGUUAUCCUCUCUGGGAUCACUCAAGGUCCUAUGUUUGGUGUGUUUACUUUGGGUGUGCUCUGCCCAUUUGUCAACUCCAAAGGAGUUGUGUCAGGCCUUGUUUCUGGGGUUUUAGCGUCCCUGUGUGCGUGCCUCUGGGCUCUGUUUUCCCCUCCCACCCCAGAGAUGACCCGUCCUCUGCCGCUGACCACCGCCGGCUGUAACUUCACCACCAGCCCCAACUGGACUUCCACUGCUCCGCCAACACAACCGACCCUCUUUGCCACAACCGUGUCGCACAACAGCAGUGACAUUCAUCAGCUUGCAGAAGGUUGGCCGUCUAUUUCCUACCUUUACUUUGGUAUGGUUGGAACUCUAGCAUGUUUGAUUAUGGGAAUGAUAGUCAGCCUCCUGACAGGAGGCUGGAAUGAGACGGUGGACCCGAAGUUGACUUUCAUGAAAGAAGACACACUCACUUAUCAACUGUACAAGUUUCUCAAAGACAACAUCACCAGAAAAAGAAGCAAGCAUGGCCAGAAAAAUGUCACAAGGACUGAGUUCUGUUUAAACACCAUAUCAGGAACAUGAAAUGUAGCAGUUUGUUGCAAAAUUUCUGCUUUUUGCGCUCCUGUUUGGAAUAUUAGAGCUCUGGUAUUUGAAUGUAGCAUUUUGUCUAUGUCAAAGAUGUUUUCACUCUCUUCUGAAAUGGCUUACAUUCCGUUUAAUUAGUAUGUAGUGUGUGAGAGUGAAUUUCUGUGGCCAGGAAAACAAUAUCAGAGCUUUGUUUAGGUAAUGUUUGAACCUGAAAUUAAUUUUUUUACCACAAGAUAGUGUUAUUUUGUUUGUUUGUCUUAAAAAAAUACAAGUUUUUCAGUUUUAAAAAAAUUUUUGCACAUAAAUUGGCAAAGAAGGUAAUAUAUGUCGAAGUACGCCUUCAUUUGUAUUCAUUUCCACCUCAGAAAUCUAAACACUGGAUGAAACCACCUUGUUUAUUUGGGUUUUUUAUACUAGAGAGCAAUUUUUGCUCAGAGGGAGUUUGGGAUAUCUGUUCUUAUCCCUCCAAAAAUCUGACGGCCAGCAAAUAAAAGCAUUUUUCAUCAUGUUUUUAGGAAUAAUAUGUUUAAUAAAUCUGAUUGUGAAGGA